UAUGUAAGAGAAAGAGAGAGAAUGCACGACUAUAUAAUACACUAUGUGCGAUAUAUGCGAUAAAUAAAAUAAAAAGAACGGGCGUGCUUCGAGAAUAUUGCGUGACACCUUUUUGCGGUGAGUUUGGGUAUACGAAAAGAAAUCAUUUCGAGGAGAAAUAAAACCGUCUCUGUGAAUCGUCGAAUUCUUCCGGUCUUAUUUGGGAAGAAGGUCGAGAGUGAGUGUCUCGCGCGUGUACUUAAACAUGAAGACAAAAAAUAAGGCUCGACGACGCAAUAACGAUGACGGAGGAGAUGGCGGUGUUGGUGAUGACGACGACGACUACGGUGAUGACGGAGAAGGUGGAGACGGUGAUGGAAACGAUGGUGGUUACAACGGUGGAGGUGGUGGUGGUGGCGGCAGCGGAGGUGGCGGCAAUGCGUAACGUAACGUAAAACGUUUGACGUUUACCGGCCAUGCGGUCUACGAAGUACCAAUAACAUCGACCUAUUCAAAAGCGUCCUUGUCGUCUCUCUGGACGUGACCUCAUUUUACAUGAAGUAAAUAUGUUACAUACGACGAUGCUGAUAAUCAGUAAGAUUACAAAAUGGGUUGUUUUGGGAGCAAGGAUAAGUUGAGUAAAGAGGAUAUGGAGUUUCUCAAGUCACGCACGCGAUAUGACGAAAGCACAAUCAAGGAAUGGUACAAGGGAUUCAAACAAGACUGUCCUAACGGCAGAUUAACGCCCGCAAAAUUUGUUGACAUGUAUAAAACGUUCUUUCCGUCUGGCCACGCGGAAGAAUUUUGCGAUCACGUAUUCCGCACAUUCGACAUGGAUAAAAACGGUUAUAUCGACUUUAAGGAAUUUCUCUUAGCCAUCGACGUUACUUCCUGUGGUACACCGGAAGAAAAGCUAAAGUGGGCAUUCCGGAUGUAUGACGUUGAUGGAAAUGGUGUUAUUGAUAUUCAAGAAAUGACAAAGAUCGUUCAAGCGAUAUACGAUAUGCUCGGAGCAUGUUCGAGCAACAGGCCAGCGGACAGCGCUGAAGAAAGGACUAAGAAUAUAUUCGCUAAAAUGGAUGAGAAUCAUGACGGGCAAUUGACGCAAGACGAAUUCCUUAAGGGUUGCCUUCAAGACGAAGAGCUCUCCAAAAUGUUGGCUCCUUAAUCUGACUGCCUACCUUUCACAGAGAAUUCAUUGACGGGCGUCUGAACGUUUUUUAGGACGGAUUUAUGAAAUAAUGAAAGAAUUAUUACCGUCGCUGCUGUUACGAUCUCUGUCGCUGCUGCUGCCUCCACUAUUAACACCAAUACCACCACCACCACCACUACCAAUGGAACACCAUCGUUAAAUUUAACAAAACCACCGUCGCUACCACCAUCGCCAUCACCACUACCACCACCACUACCACCACCAACACUACCACCGCCACCACUACCAUCAUCACAGUUGCAACCGUUUUAUUAUCACUUGUCGCCACUGCAACGUCUCUCCUCCAGCUUCGCAGCAGUCAUUCCCUCGUCUUUUCGUGAGAUUAUAAGACCAGAUACAUUGACGAUAAUGACGAUGAUGAUGAUAAUAAAUGAAUGAAUGAAUGAAUGAUGAUGAUAAUAAUAAUAAUGAUGAUGAUGACGACGACGAUGAUGAUGAUAAUGAUGAUGAUGAUCUUGAUGAUGAUAAUGAUGAUGACGAUAAUGAUUUUUAUUUCUCGAAAGCAAGAAAUAACGAAAAACUUCGCGAUAAACGUCAUCGUUAAGGGCGACCGAUGACUAUUAAGAACACCUUACGAUUUUAAAUUCAAAUAUAAUCUACAGUUAGGAGAUUGAAAAGAGAAAGGUGGGAGAAGGAAACGAAGAAAUAGGGAAAGAAAAUAUGGAAUUCAGUUUGCACAAAUAGCGAAAACAUAUACGAGCGUAUUUUCGGUGAUCUUACUUCGUAUAUAAUCGUUUUCAACUCGGUCGCAUAAUGCAGAAUGUAAGAUCUUGCAUUGCAAUAAUCGCCUGGUUAUUAAGAUUUUUCACUCGAACCUGUGAACCAGUGGAUAAUUCGAUUACGAAUUAAUCUAAUUAUAUCGAUCGAUUCUGCACACGUAAUAAACGUGUGUGAUAAUCCCUUCGUAAUCGUUUGAAUUUGCUAUAAUACCAAUUCAUUAAACGAAUUUCGCUGGGCCGAAAAGAUCGAUUAAAAAAAAAAAGGAAAAAAAAAAAUUGUUAAGUAUCUCACGGAGACCGCGCAAAUGUGGUCCAAGUUAAUAGAGAAGGAUUUAUUAACUAUACCUUCGAGAAAAUGCGCGCAAACGGUAUAUACAUAAAAUGUGCGUGGCCCUAAAUUUUAGCGGCUUCUAGCGCGUUCCAAUCUUUAAGAAUUAGGGAAAUAAACAUCGAAAAUACUCGAUCGAUUGCGAGUUCAACAAUGGUUAAUAUUCGCAUCGAUUUUUAUGCAAAUGGAAGGAUGUUCGUUCUCUUUUUUUUUUUAUAUAUAUAAUUGUUUUUCAUAGAAUUUCAAUGUUAGGAAAAGCCAAGCUAUUAGAAUUAACGAAACGUGCUCUUCGCAUUCUAAUUUGAUUAUUAUGAAUUAAUAAUUUUCGAGUCAAAUGAUUCGAAACGUUUUGCUUACGUUUGUAACGGAGCAAAAAUGAUGAAGGUAAAGACUUAAAUAUUUUUUGAUUUUAGUGGCUAUUAUUUUCGAAUAAAUACACUUGCAAUAUAUAAAUUUUUAUUACCCAUGCAUAAAAAUCUCGCUGAGGAAUCAUCGAUGAUUAUAUAAUAAUAUUACGUACACGGAUUAUAUGCUCUCCCAAAUGAUCUCUUUUUAAAUUUCUUUUAACUUCUCUUCGUCAUGAUUAUGUGCCUUUCUCCUUUUUUUCCGAGCACACACUUGGAUAAAAUAAUACCGUAAACAAAUAGAAAUUAUUAAUGAAUGGCUAUUAUUAGAAUAUAUUUCAAUAAUAUUUCGGAUAUCUUGGCUAUAUUUCCCCAUGAGAAAGAAACAAAAACAAAAAAGAAAACAAACAGACAAACAAAGCAAAAAGAAAAUAAUAGUAAUAAUAAUAAAAAGAAGAAGAGAGAAGAAAACAGGCUGGUCUCUGUUUAGUGAUAGAAUUCGACCAACUCUGUGUUUGUAUUAGAAUGAGCUACGUCAGGCUGUCGUAGAAUAACUUUUUCUCAUUGGUAUACGCGCAAUGUGUUUUCAAUAUAAAACACCUUUACACAUAUAUACAUAUAUAUAUAUAAAUAAAUAAAUAAAUAAAUAAAUAAAUAAA